AUGACCAAUAUCAAAACCCAAAUUCACACAAACAUUCUCGCAAAAAUAUCCGGUUCGAUCUGCGAAAAAAUUAGAGCCAAACUCAGUGUCGAAGCGAAAAUUCUCGGUGGUAUUAUCAAGAUGGAUAGUACCAAGGUGAACGCCAUCCAAACUGCAGCCAUCAAUGGCCUGCAAGGUAUCUACCGCCACAAGAUUGACUCUGAAAUUUUGAAUGAAUUGGAAGUCCAUGUAUUUCAGCGCAUGGAAGACCGAUUCAGGGCGGCUUAUGCGGAUAAAACCUUGGCAAGUGAAUCCGACCUGGCCAAAUUGUUGAUAGAUCUUGAAACGGACGUGGUAUCCCAAGUCAAAGUUGCGCUCCCCAAGAUUGAGGCCAAGUUGGAAGUGUUUGUAGACACCGAGUUGAAAACGCACAUCAAAGAAAUUGAGGUAGAAAUCCCGCUCCUCAUGAGUAUCAAAAUCGGAGUUGACAUUGAUGUCUCCGUCACCGUGAAAGCGUCGCUUCAACUGGCCAUUCAGGCUUGCGCAAGGGCCAAUGUCAGGAUAUUGGCCAAAGCUCUGCUGCAUGGCUUCCGAUGA